UUCCCCAAAUCUGUUUAGCGAUUAACUAGACAAGUUCUCCUUAACUAAAGACAGUAUUCUUACGCUAAAGUUGAUCCAUGUUCUGUCGGUGAGAUAGAGCCGAAGUUAAUUAGAGUCGAGAGGUAGAGUCGAGGUUAAUUAACCCACGAAGAAGAAGAAUUAGCCGAACAACGAAAUUACUAAUGAACGUUGAUUGCCGAUCAGGAUGGAAUCAGUGUAUGUUAAAACGAAGAGAGAGACGCGCAGGCCAAACAGUAGAACAAGUUUUGUUUCGUGGAAUGUGAAGGAAGCAAAGAAAUGUUCAGCACUGGUUAAAUUUCUAAUCCUCACUAUCGCUCUACUGAUAGUAUGUUGCCUUGUCUUACUGAAUCUGUACUUGAGGGAGCACGCACGAAAUCUCACCACCGAGGCUGUAGAGAAACCAGAGACAACAACUACAAGGAUACCUGAACACGAAAAAUAUCAUGGCGGUAUGUGUUGGACAACAGACUGUCUACAUGCGGUAUCAGACUUGCUGAAUUCAGUUGACCCUUCAGUGGACCCUUGUACGGAUUUCUAUCAGUACGCUUGUGGAGGAUGGAUGAAGAAGAACCCGAGGCCACUUACAUCUAGAAAAUGGGAUCAGUUUGAGAAACUGACUGCAGAAAACAAUGAAGUGCUCGAGAGACUACUUAAAAAUAAAGAACUGAAAGCUAAAUACUCUAAGGAGGAGGCGGUUUGGAAGGCUCUGGCAUAUUAUGAUUCGUGCAUGGAUGUUGCCGCGAUCGAGCGACUGAAGGGCGAACCCCUUGAGUUGCUUAUCAAGGAAUAUGGCUCGUGGAGCAUCACAGAUACUAACUGGGAAGAAGAAGAAUGGGACUUGAUAUCUCAUCUUGCGAGGAUUCAUAAAGAUUUAGUUGUACCAGUUUUGUUUUCCAUGACUGUUUCGAUUGAUAACAAAAACAGCUCACACAAUGUAAUUACGUUUGGAGAGUCCUACACCUCACUGUCACGACGAGAACUUCUUACAAAUGACUCAGAGAGCCAGCGGGUUCGUAAUGCAUAUAGAGAUUUGAUGAGGAAUUUGACCAUCAAACUUGGAGCUGGGGAAGAUUCAGAAGAUGAUCUGUUAAAGACGUUUGAGUUCGAGAAAGAGCUGGCAAAGAUAUCUACCCCAAGAUCUAGACGACCAUCCUUUGAAGAAGCUUACAAGAAGCUCACGUUAUUAGAAAUACAGGAGUAUACCGGUGACUUCUUCAACUGGACGAAAUAUGUGCAAGUAGCGAUGGAGGAUAAUACAUUUCAUGUUAACAGCCAAACCAAAGCCGUGGUCUAUUCUUUGGAAUAUUUAAAAAGACUGGUCAAACUCCUGAGCAUUACACCCAAAAGAACUAUUGCUAACUAUAUGAUGUGGAGAGUGGUCAAGUUAAAGUUUCUACAACUAAGCAGCGAUUUUGUCGAAUUGUUCAAAUAUUAUUACCUCCAAGCUUUCAAUUACUGGAGUGACUCGGACCAGCAUCAGCUCUGUCUCAUGGCAACUUCACAGAAAUUUGGAAUACCCCUUUCGAAAGUCUUCCUUGAUCAAAAGUUCUUUGGUGACAGCAAGGAAUUGGCAAAGGACAUCAUUGGAAACAUCCGCGCGGCAUUCAUCUCCAACAUUGGAAAACAAGACUGGAUGGAUGAAAAAACACAGAAGGUGGCCGUAGAGAAGGCGGAGGCUCUAAUCGAAAACGUAGGAUAUCCUGAUUACAUAAUGGACGUUGAAUAUAUGACCCAAAGAUAUAAAGAGGUAACCAUAGACCCAAAAACAUAUUUCAACAAUGAUGUUUCAGUUACAAAGCGUCAGAAUAUCGACAAACUUGCAAAAGCUGGAACAGCCGUGGACAAGACUGAAUGGCCUUUUCCGCCAACAAUGCUUAAUGCAUUUUACGCCUACAACGAGAAUAAGAUGGUCUUUCCAGCUGCUAUUCUGCAACCACCAUUUUAUAACCUGUUGUAUCCAAGAGCAAUGAACUAUGGUGCUAUUGGAGGAGUCAUGGCCCAUGAAAUUACCCACGGAUUUGAUGAUACAGGAAAGCUUUACGACAUUGACGGUAAUAGAAGAAGAUGGUGGAGUAACUCAACCCUCGCUAACUUUCAAGAAAGGUCUCGUUGUUUGGUCGAUCAGUACUCGAAUUAUACAUUUUAUGGGAACCAGGUGAAUGGCGAGAAUACUUUGUCAGAAAACAUAGCUGAUAAUGGUGGUGUUCGCGUAGCUUUUGAGGCAUACCGGAAGUGGGUUAGGGACCAUUGGGAGGAACCUAGGCUUCCUGGUAUGAUGCUGACAAACGAGCAGGUUUUUUUCAUUAGUUUUGCAAGGAACUGGUGUAGCCAUUACAGCGAUAGAGCUGCUCGUGUAGCAACGAAAUACUUCGAUCAUAGUCCCAUGCCAUGGAGGGUGAAUGGUACUCUCAUUAAUUUCCCGGAGUUUUCAAAGGUGUUCAAUUGUCCUAUGGGUUCACCAAUGAAUCCUGAACACAAAUGUAAAAUUUGGUGAAAGUUACUUCUAAGAAGAACACUAGCAAACCUUAACGUGAUGUUUAGCAAUUGAGAAAUAAAAUACGAAAUACCUUA